GUCAGGGCGUCCGUCUUUUGUCACUUAAUAUCCUUCUUGAUUGGUCGACCGAUGUUGAUAUUGUUUUAGCGUCGAACAUUAGAACGUCGUCACGGCACUCGUCACAAAAAUUAGAGAUAUUGGGGCACUGACGUGCUUGAUAAAUUAUUUAAACUCCGUGCUCUGUUCGCAGAAUGUCGCGAAUUUGUUAUAUAAAAAGAUUUAUCCCUAAAAAUUUAUCAAUUGUGAAUUUAUAUGUUGGAAAGUAUGCACACAGUACAACUACGACAACAGCCGGAGUAGCGGAACCUACUGAAAAGCCUAAUGAAGAAUCCAAAAGGCCUCAGUCUAAAAGAAUGGCCGAAUUUAGGAAAAAAUUGAGGGAGACGACUCCUAUUGAGGAUCUUGGAGAACAGCCAAUGAUGCAUCCGUCGCAGAAAGAAGACCCUUUGCCUCCAUGGCCCAAUGACACUAACCCUCAUACUGGGGAAGUAGGUGGACCCAGAGGACCCGAACCCACGAGAUAUGGCGAUUGGGAAAGAAAGGGGAGAUGUUCCGACUUCUAAAGUAUUAUUUGUCAUUAACUCUUAGUUUAGAUAGUAGAAAUUGCUAAAUGUAAUGUCAUUAAAUGACAUUGCUUAACUAUGAAAUGUAUGGUACCUAAAAUAAUAUUGAUUAGAAUAUCAAUAUAAACUAAAUUAGCAUGCAGCAAGGAGAGGGGAUGCGGUAAGGUAGUCUGAAUAUAUUAUUUUAUUUCACAAUGUUGUAUUAAUUAACAUAAUACUUUCAGGUAGCCAUUAGCCACUACUGCUAUGCAUAAAUUAUUGUGUGCAUGUACUCAUAGAACCUAUUCUGCUGAAUCCAUUGAAAAAAUUCUAUAGAUUAGAAUUAUUCAAAUUCUCUAGAAGCAGUUCAGAUAUCAAGCUUAGUAGUGAGUUUUAUUUACUACAUUUUUUAAGAUAUUGUUGACUUUUUUUUGUUUUUUGUUGUUAUUAUGCCUUGUUAUAAAACAAUGCUGUAAAGAUUUGUGAUUAAAUUAAAAGCAAUUUUGAAAA